AUGUCAGAGACAACCACACUGCUAGAGACAAACAAGGGAAAGGCUUCACAAAUCCAACAACUGUGCUUCCUUCACAUUGUGCACACUCAUGCUUCUGUGAUACAAUGUUGGAGACGACUACGACAUCGAAGACUGUCGCUGUUGGGGAAGGACUUCAAGGGCUUGACAAAUCUAGCGACUGUUUCCUUGUCACUGUGCACACUCUUGCUUCCUUGA